UGAGUCGUAACUGAAAAUUCAGAAUUCUACAACCAAAAACUUUUUUUUUCUAACUGAGAAGUUCGAAUGAGAAUGAGCAACAAAGAAAUAUAACAUCUAAUGCAACUUUUGAACUAGCUUUUAAAUAUUUCUACUGACUUCGAUCAUUGUUCAUUAUUUAUAUCAAGAUACAUCUUUUUAAAAAUUAAGUUCAAUGAAUUUUUGAUAAAUAUUGAACCUAAUUUCACUAACGAAAGAAAUAAUUUGAGAUAUUUAUUGAAAGAACAUUGACCAGAAUUGACAGAAAGCUUUGUCUUUUUUAAUUGACCUUGGGAGUUAAACAAAGUUUCUUAACCUAUUGAAAUGUGUACCCCUUUAAAUUUGGUUGAACAAUAUUAAUUUACUAUUUAAUUAGAUGGUUAAGAAACUUUUUCUUAGUUCAUUAUUCCAUUGGUCGUGAUGUUGAAGUCUGAGACAUGGGUGCAUGUUUAACAUUGGAAAGGGAGGAAGGAAAAGCUCGAAAAAGAAGUGAAGAAAUUGACAAAGAAUUGGUAGAAGCAGCUAAACAACAGAACAAUGUUAUCAAGAUCUUAUUACUUGGAGCUGGGGAGAGUGGGAAAAGUACCUUAGUUAAACAAAUGAAGAUUAUUCAUGCGGAUGGCUUCACUCAUGCAGAAUUAAGUAGUUUCAGACCGACAGUUUUGGACAACCUUUUGGCAUCUAUGAAAUAUGUACUUGCUGGAAUGGGCAUUCUGCGAAUUAAUUUAGAACACUCUCGAAACAAAAUGCACGCUCAAGUAGUUUUGAUGAGUAGAAGCUGUUUUGAUAUGAGUUUUACAGUAUUACCCAACGUAUCAGCAUCCCUCCAAGCUCUUUGGUCUGAUAGAGGUGUUAGAUUGGCAGUUGCAAGAGGCUAUGAAUAUGAACUAAAUGAUUCAGCUCUAUAUCUGUUCGAGAACAUGGAAAGGUUAUGUGAUCCAAAAUAUGUGCCCACACCUACCGAUGUUUUGAGAGCCAGAGUUAGGACACAAGGGAUUAUCGAAACAAGAUUCUGUAUAAACGAUAUAAUAGUUAGCAUGUAUGAUGUAGGUGGUCAGAGAUCGCAAAGAAGAAAGUGGAUAUAUUGUUUCGAUGAUGUUAAAGCUGUUCUUUUUGUUGUUUCCUUGAGCGGUUAUGAUAUGACUUUACUAGAAGAUCCUACUGUGAAUCGAUUGGAUGAAAGCCUGAACUUAUUUGGUCAAAUUGUAAACAACCCAUAUUUUAGGGAAGCGUCAUUUGUCCUGUUUCUCAACAAGUUCGAUUUAUUUCGUGAAAAAAUUUUAUAUUCACAACGUCACCUACGAUUGUAUUUUCCCGAUUAUAAAGGAGCAGAUUGCGAUGUUGAUAGAGGAGCUCUUUUUAUUCAACACAAAUUUGUAUUGAAAAAUGGUGAUUCCCGGAAAGUAUUAUAUCCACACUUCACAACUGCCACCGACACUGCCAAUGUUCAAGUGGUCUUCCAAGCGGUUAUGGAAAUGGUGAUCUCAUCAAAUCUGGGUCAAGUUACUUUGCUGUGACAUGGAAAAGUCUGCAUAUUGAAAUGGCAAAAAAACUUCUUGAAAACGUAAGUUGAAUAAUAGAAUCAAAUUCAGGAACGUAAAUUAUUAUUUUUAUUGUAUAUUUUAUGUUUUCAACUAAGUGAAAUAAGUAUGUUAUUUCCCGAUGCACUCAUCUGAAAUAUUUAUUAUUCUAAUUUUAUUCGCUACAGAAAGUAUGUUAUCUUGGGUAUGGUCCGUAUAUCACCUCGGUUACUAUGGUUAGUAAGUUGGUGAUCCGUAUAUGUCAAAUUCCUCAAAAACCGAUGACUAUUUCUUCAAACUUCGGUGAGUUAUCUGUCACCAGAGCAACCGUACUUUUAUUCUGGUUAGGUUCGGUAACCACGCCCACUCCGAUUGGCAGUUGUCAUUUUAAUUUUUAGAUUAUUGUUUAUGAAUAUUCUCCAUGAUAUCUAACAUUCAAAAACUUUAUAAUUUUAAUUAUGAAGCAAAUACCCUUCUGAGCCAUUAAUAACUAAUAGUUAUUUACAAAUCAAAAAAGAUCAAUCAUUUAUAACCUCCAAAAUUGUGUCAAUGAAAGAUUUAGUUGACCAUUGAUAGCGAUAUACGGACCAUCAUACCCCUUAUGAUAGAGUUCAUGUUUUAUAAGUUCCUUUGCAUAAGGUCUUGCCAUUAAUUUAAUUUUAAAGUUGACUGUGGAUUCAAUAGCAAUUAAAUUCAGGUGAUUUAGUUGCCACCAUCUGUUGAAAGCUUAUACAUUUUUGGAAUGUUUGAGUGCAAUAAUCAGAUUAUGAUCAAAAGUGUACAUAUCUGGCCCUAAUGUUUUUUGCCAUGUUCCUAGUUCUAAGUUUAUUUUUGUUGGUCUCAUUUUUUUUUUUUUUGCAUAGUCUGUAGUUGUGUAGCUUGAAAGCAGCUUUGCGUUUUAUUUUUUACACUGAAGCUAUUUUUGAAAAAAAAAAUGUUAUUUGUUACUGAAACGGAGGAAUAUCAAUACCUAUCCAGUCUUUGAAAUGUAUAAAGAAAUAUAUGUUCUUUUCCAUCAGUUGAACGUUUCCGAAGGGAAGAGCUCAAAACAAAUUAUUCAGAACUAUGUAAAAUAUUCAUUCUUUACUCCGUUCAUCUUCUUUUCUCGAAAUCCCUCAAGGUCUCGAUCUUUCCUAAGGUAAACUUCAGAGAAGCACUUAAAAAUAUAAAUGUCUGUGAUCAAUUCAUCGAUAUCCUAGUUUGGUAAUUGAUAUGAUACUCCCUGGGAAGACUGUCUUAUAUUGGAAAACGUGAAUGAACAAAUUACAUCAGUGAGAUGCAUAAUUUUGUAACUUGUAUGUGGCAUCAAAAAAAAUUUAUUCCGAAGGAACUCAAAGGUUUUUUGAAAACUGUAAUGAAUCGAACCUAUUAUCAUGUUGUGAGAAACAAAUUAGAUUGGGCGAACUUACCAUGAUAACAUGUGUGUCAUCAGAAUUUUUGUUUCUUCACUUUAAGUGUUGUGCUGCUAUUUUCAAAGUUUUCUAGAAAUUGUUCUAGUUAUUUUGAGAAUUUGAACAGAUUCAUUUUCUCUAUAAAAAGGUCAUUUGAAACAACAUUGAAUUCUAGCUCCAAGCAGAUUGCUAGAAUACAAAUUUAAUGAACCAAAAUAAACUUUACGAUGAAA